AUCACAACAGCUGUCUAUUUGACUGCUUUCAGCUUGGUCAAAUUAAUUUAAUUCGCGAAAAGCAAAUUAUCGCUCUUUUUAUAUUAACAAAAAUAAAAGUUAUAUAAAAACAUAAAGAUUUUUUCUAUCAUCUACAUAAGAAUUAAAUAUGAAUGGUAUAAAGUAUUUAUCGUUACGAUUUGGUAAGUUAGUGACGAAAAACUCAACCCGAGUGUUACGGCAAAAAUAUCUCCGUCAAAUGUCGACCAUGCAAAAUCCGCCGGACUCUGAACUCAAGCCACAGUUUACAAUCCCAAAGGGUAUAGUGGGACAGCCGACAUGUCACACGCAUCCACAUUUGGUACCCCACGGCCAUCUGACCUGUGGCAUCACACAAAUGGAAUACAAGGAGCGCCGGGAGGUGUUAGUUAGCAAGCUGAUUGGUGAAGUGGACAAUGUCCAUAGAUCGCAUGUGAUUGUUAUACCAGCCGCAAGAAAGCAGUAUAUGUCAGAUAAAAUUCCGUAUGUCUUUAGACAGAAUUCAGAUUUUUUCUAUCUGACAGGAUGUUUGGAACCCUCGGCAAUUCUUGUGAUGGUCAAACCAGCAACUAGAGAUACUUAUAAGUCAAUACUGUUUGUUCAUGACAAGGACAGUCAUGCAGAACUAUGGGAAGGGCCACGAACAGGCUGUAAUGUCGCCGCAACCCUGUUUGCUGUGGACGAAGCACAACCAGUUGAUAAUUUCAAUAAUUUUCUACACAGAACAGUAGCCGCAUCGAAACCCUCCGUGCUCUGGUACCAUAACGAGACACCAGCCAACCCCGAUAUACACGAGACAAUUCGUUCUUCACUACGGCAAGGACAGGCUGCGUUGGAGGACCCACAGAGAGCGCUACACCAGAUGCGUGUCGUCAAGUCGCCGGCUGAAGUCGAACUGAUGAAGGAGACGUGCUACAUUGGAUCCCAGUCUGUGAACAUGGCGAUGGCUUGCACGAAACCCGGCGUAUCUGAGCACGCAAUAUCAUCAGUGUUCGAGUACACAUGCCGCAUGUCAGGCGCAGAGCAUGGUGCAUUUCCGCCGGUAGUGGCCGGUGGGCCACGCGCCACGCACAUACACUACGUGGCCAACAACCAGCUACUGGAUCCGCGCGAUAUGCUGCUGAUUGACGCGGGUUGUCAGCGUUGGCUUUACAAUUCGGAUAUAUCGCGCACAUGGCCUGUCUCCGGCAAAUUCUCCAAACACCACAGAAUAUUGUACGAGCUUGUUCUUUCUGUACAGAAACGUCUAAUUGAGCUUUUGGGCGAGCAGAGGCCAGCGUUGGACCAACUUUUCGACCACAUGUGUCGAUUGCUCGGCACAUCCCUACAACAAGAAGGCAUUCUUCCAAAGAAUAUAGAUACUAAUGAAUUAAUAGGGCGCGCGUACCGCCUGUGCCCGCACCACGUGUCCCACUACCUGGGGCUGGACGUGCACGACGCGCCGCUAGUGAGGCGCCGCGUGCCCGUGUGCGCCAACAUGGUGGUCACUGUGGAGCCUGGAAUCUAUAUUCGGCCAGACGACACUACCGUCCCAGAGGAGUUCCGAGGAGUGGGCAUCAGGAUUGAGGAUGAUGUACUUAUAACAGAAGGAGAUCCGAUCGUAUUAACCGACGCGUGCGCAAAGGAAGUGCACGAUAUAGAGGCGAUCGUGGGAAAACAGAAUAUUUAAUUUGGUCGCUUUAUAUAAAUUUAUAAAGAAUAGAAGAAUUUGAUCACGAUGCCGGACCCGAACCCCGCAUCUUUUCACGCUGAUCCGGGGCGGAUGCUUGACCAACUCCACUCGUCCUAUUAGAGCGAUCGAAUUUAUUCUUUUGGUCGAUUUAUUUUGAAAAUGUUGCUAGCGUUAGGUUUACCUGAGGAUCAACUCUCAAUGACUGAUAUUUUGUUUUCUCAAAUGUGCGAUCACUGAUAAUGUAUAUUUUGGAAACAAUAUUGAAGGGGUACAAUUAAUAAAAUAUUUAUUGUGAUUAAUAUCAGUUUUAUGGAGUCUAAAAUACCUAAAACGAGAUGAUAAGAUGUAAAUAACUAAUUAUAAAUAAAUGAUAAUAUAAUUUAACUAUGAA